GACCUUUUUCUUACAAACAGAUAUGCAGCUCCCUUUCUACAAGUCUUCCAAUCAGAUGGCUGGUUAAAGGAUUUAUCUUCUGUUCAUUACACAUAUCGCAUCAUCCACACUAAUUUGCAUUUGAUUGUGUGAUUUAAUAUGUAGGUUAGUUUGUUCACGACCUUGUUCUCUUGAAAAUUUCCAGAAUUCAAAAGAACAGUUAGAAAUAGAAACGCUGAAUCAGGGAGUCGGAGAGCGCAACUCGUUGGCACAUAGUGCAUAUAGGAUUGAUACACUUAUUACAGUAAACCACGUUCCAAGUAUCGAUUUUGAUUCUCAUCUUCAUCGUCGUCUUAGUUGAGUUGAAUCUCUUCUCUUCACGGAUCCAGUUUAGUUGUAGAAAAAAUUUAUAUUUCAAGAUUCUGUACUCAAAUUGUGAAAAAAUUUAUAUUUCAAGAUUCUGUACUCAAAUUGUGAAAAAAUUCCAAGUAGUUAUGUCGUUAUCAUUCAGUAUUGGAAAGAUUCUUGGAGGCGAGGGUGACGUGGAUAGGAACGAUUUUUUCAACAUUUUGGGCUGCUCUGAAAAUUCAACGGAAGAACAAAUUGUUACAGAGUAUAGAAUUCGGGCUUUAAAAUGUCACCCUGAUAAAAAUCCGGGAAAUCAGGACGCUUUGCAAGAAUUCCAACGUCUACAGGAAGCUCGCGAUACUCUUACGAGUCCCGAGUUGCGACCACUUUAUGAUAAAUGGCGUCACUCAGAAAUGUGCAUUCCGUUUAAAACUUGGCUAAAUAUGCAUAAUCGGUGUGCAACUACUAUGCACUGGGCCAAACCAAGGGAACAAACCAUGUUGGAAAACGGUCACUCGUCCAAAAGGGGAUUGGAUGACCCAGACCUGCAAGAGUUUGUCAAGAAAGAUGCACCGUUAUCAAUGGGCAGUGAUAUUACGCGAGGUUCAAGGAAUGGGUGGGAGUCGGACGACCAGACCAAUGUCUACUCGCAAUUUAGAAAUUAUAAAAUCUAAAAACUUCUUGUAACAUUUCUGUUUUAUUUCAAGCGAAUGUGUUAGCAAUCUUGCCAGACAAAGGGACCAAUCCUUUAUUCCUAUUAAUUAAUGACAAUCUUUAUCCAGGGGACCAUUCAAAGCGGAAACGAAAAUUGUAGCAAUUUUUUCUCUAUUGAUUAAUGGAAAGAUUGAAAUGAUGUAAAUAAAAAUGCUUUGUUGAGCUCAGAAUUAAUUAGCAA